GUGGAAACGACUCGGAUUUCUUUAUCCUCCUCAAAAGCGCAGAGCCGGCGCAGCGAGCGACGAAAUUCAAAGCAGAUUUCAUCUCUUCACAGAUAGCCUUGGGCAGCCAUGAUGUUUUCAAUCUGCGCUGGUAGAGUUCAACUUUUCUUGCUGUUCGCUCAUCUUGCAAUCUCCGGCGCGUCGUGGGACGGAACCUCAAAGCCAGGUAAAUGAAAUACAAGAAAAUCGCUUAACUUCGAGGCUUUCUUAAUUAAUGUUUUGAGUCUCGUGCUUAGCUGUUGACGACAUUAUUUACAAUUUAUCAUCUGGCGACUUGCAGACUUUAAAGUAGUCUGUCUGUGAUGGUCUCUUAAUUGAUUUUCUGUUCGCUGUUCACAGAGCUUCCUGUAAAAUAUGGCAAGGAAUUCAAGAUAACUGUCCCUUCAGUGCUCGACAGUGACGGUAAAUUUAUUUCGCACGUGGAUUGUAAAUCAAAACAAUACGACUCACGCACUGAACAACGCAGCGGUAGGAGCGAGGGGAGACUUCUGCACUUAGAGGUACCGACAUUCGACGGGAAAAAACUGCGUCUUGUUCUCACCAAAAACACGAAUUUUACAGCGCCUGGGUUGAUAAUCGAGAAAGGCGAUCAAGUUAGACGAUACAAGCUUGACUGUCAUUACACCGGACACAUAAAAGAUCAGCCCAAUUCUCUGGUAUCUCUCAGCUAUUGCCAAGGCUUGGUAGGUUAAGAAGCUUUGUUUACUAUUUUUCUCCCCGUGAUUAAUACCACGAUACCACCCAGCUAACUUAGACUUUAUAUUUAAAAAAAAAAAAAAAAAAAAAAAAACAGUUUGGGUCUUAUGACAGUGGACAAAUAUUCCCCAUGGAUGAGUCUAGUGGUGAUCAUCAAAGGUAGUCCUUGCUUUCGACGUCUGUCCAAAGAACCACCUGUCCCUGCUUUUUAUGCGGAGAAAUUUCGCUUUGUUUUUAAUGAAAUCACCGUUGUCCAGUUUCUCUUUGUUUUUCCACUGCAUUUAAUGCUUCAAGACAAUGAGUUUAUUUUACAUGGAAAUCAAUACACGCGUUUUGCAAUAUAUCCGACAACUCGCUUGCUAAAGACCAGACAUGAACAAUAUACGUGUUUUCAUGAUUCAAUAUAAGUAAAUUCGCCUAAGAAGAUGCCUCUUGUUGCAUGUGAGAAAAAUCGGAAAUCCUCUUGCUCGACAUAUCUUUUCUGAAGCUUAGCUAAUUUUUUUUUUUUCCGCAAACCAUUUAGUGCUGCCUCUUUUUAGAACCGCGAUUUAAAGGAGGUAGGGCACGUUUCCGGACCUGAAAUGCUUGCUAAAAAUAUCCAUUACGCAUUAUAAGAAAUGAUCUAACAAGCCUGGCGGCUUCUUUGUAGCCACAAGCAAAAACACGUCAUGCUGCGAGCUGGAGUUUUUGUUUGGACGAAACAGAGAACUGUGUUACAGUUCUACCAGAGGUGUUGAUUUUCGAGUGUGCAAGCGAUGACGGAAGAUUCCUCCAAAAGCAAAGAUGCUUUGUUUUUGUUCCCACGGUGAAAAGCGACGUUGUGCUUCUGUCUUGUCAACGCACUAUCUAAUCCUAACUUUUCUUCCGUCUGUAUUUUUGACUAAUUUUCGGGCGGAAGGGCGAUGGGCGGCCUUUUUCAGGAGAAUACUUGGAAGACAAUUUGAGACAUUAAUGUGCACAAACCAUAGCUCUUAAAUAAACGAUAAAAAAAGAAAAACCAAACAAAAAGCAUCUAUUUUUCAUCUUCGCUCGAUAACCGUACUGUGGCUCCCCACGACUCGAGAGAGGCGAGACGAUUAUCUAAAAUUAACCAUUUUAUCGAUUCAAAAUUCAAGUAAAACCAGUAUAUGUGACUUGCAUUACUGAGGGGCAAAUACAGAAAUUAAAUAUAAGAGAUGUGUUUUUGUCGUGCUGGCCGUAUUUUUAUUAACGAACGAUUAUCUUUUGUCUCACGAUAAAAAGUCAUUAAAGUGUAGUGACUCUAUAUCUUGAGUCCAACGAUUAAAAGUUCACUCGAUCAAAAUGAUUCAUAUUUGCGCGCAAUAAAGCUGUCACGUCAACCUAGUUUAUAGCAGGGAUUCUUUUGGGAACAUGUGAUCUUUCUCAGUAGCUCAAACGUUUUCAAGGAAUGAGAUGUCACAAGACGUUUCCUGUGCGCAGUCCAUCGCAUCACCUCGUAAUGAUUGGAUCAGCAAUUUCGAAGAAAGUUGCCCGCGGAAUUUUACCUUUUAACAGGCAAAGGUCAAAGAUUCGUUUUUCAUCUAUCCGAAACUGUCAUGUACAUGUGUGGAAAAGAAACGAGUUCUAUAAGAUAAGACGCAAAAUAACUGACGAAACCAGAGUGUGAAAGUUUAUAAGCUAUAAGUAUAUAGGCGACAUAAAAGGACUUGCGGAGAAACGUUUUGUUGAAUAUAGUUUACUUCACGUGAAUUAAAUAUUGUUUCAGCCACGAACUGUUUCGCAUUUCCCGUGUAUAUCCAAAACACUCAGCCAUCAUUCAAAAUAUGAUAUUUUUAAUUCAUAUUAGCACAUCUUUCAUACAAAAUCAAACCACUUUUGUGAAUUUGUCCUUCUGUUGCUUUUGGAAUUUCUCAGCUCGCUUAAAAUAAGGAAUUUCUUGACUGGCACAACGAAAUCGCAGUCAGCAGACCCGUAGAUGAAAUCUGAUAUUGUGGAGCGCUGAGAUGGCAUUUUAAUCGCGUCUACCUUAUCAUAGAAACUACUGCUUUUGAUGCUUUUUGAGAAAAUAAAGAUUUCAAAGAUGUUUACUUUAUUCAAGACUGGCUCUUUUGUCGAUUUGAAGAGCACUAUCUCAAAUGACAUCUAACGAAAACAAAUCGUUCUGACGUGUCGGUAAACAGAGACCAAAAAAAGUAAAGAAACGGUUGAAAGCUUUAUCUCCCAACUGCCCAUAUAAUAUUUAAAAUUUCGACAUCGAAUCGCAUUUUGCCAUCCUAAGAUGCCUUUGAGAUGACUGAGAAAAGACUGCUUUUCUUGCGUGCGCUACAAUCUUGUGUUGCUUAUCAGACCGACAACCAAUUAAUUAGACAACGAGCACGUGAUUAGCUGCAAACACUAAUUGAUUUUCCAAAUAUAAUAGCUAUUGAUGAUCAGAUAAUUUAAUGACUAACGCCUUUAUCAUUUCAUUCAUCUUUGACAAAUGUUUUUGAAAGACUCAAAUUCACGCUCGCACGUCUGUGACCUCUGAUCCAAAUCGAUCGUGCACGGUUCCACCAAGUUUAUUUAACCUUUUGUAAUCCGCGCUAAUGAUCCAUUACGAAUCUCUUGUAACCGCCAUAGAAUUUUCUCUGAUCUAAAUACAAUUUCUCCCUAGACUGUAAAGGACGGUAAAAUAACUACCAAAGUACAAGUUCUGGCACUUUGGUUUUGAACUUUGGUACUUCACUACAUCUACCAAUUUAGAUCAUGGAAAUAAUCAUCUUUCAAGAAUGUCAAAACAUCCCUUGCAUAAGUAUUGCAGAUCUAUUUUCUGGCCAUUUGCAGAAAAAAAGUAUUCAGGGAUAUUCCUUACGUUCUCUUCAUUCCGGUCUGUCUACUGAAGGAAUGUGAUAAAAUUUUCCUCACACACAUUUAGUAGGGCAUCAUUCUUUCUGUCACUAAAAGCAUCUUCAAUCCAAGCACGAUAUUAAACUGAAAUGAAUUUAUUGCAUGCCCAAUUCCCUAAAUUUACUUUAGUCGAUGACCCAAUUUUAAAGGCAGGUCACCAUCAGAAUUUUUUCCGAUCCACAAAGUUUAAUUUCGUGGGGUGUUGUUUUCCUUUCAGAAAAGACAUCUGGCGCCAUUUUUUGAGCAUCCAUUUUGACCUUCUCCACUUGAAAGUCGAAAACAUGUUUGAUAUUUAAGUGGGAAAUAUUACAUGCGUGCUUUUUGCCCGUAAAGUCCUAAAAUGUUACAUAAGAUCUGUGUUUCAAGGUCAAGAAGUUCCUAUUUAAAUGAUGUUUUGUGGCAAUGUGGCACACUUGAGAUGGAAUAGAUGUGGCUAAUUUUUUUAUAUUGUUCCUCCCGUCAAACGCAUUUUGCCACCAGCUAUUUUGUUUGACCUAUCCUAGAAUGUUGAAAAUUCAAAAUUUUUAUCACCUUUUCAUACCAAGUACAGAUGCACGGAAGUUGUACUCCAAAGAAACUUCCCGUGAGCACGAGUUCUAGAAUUUUCGAAUAUGGCAAAAUUUCGUUUUCCAAAGAAUUUCUAUUUUAAGUUGUAUCCAACUCACUGGAUAACUUGUCCACACUUUUCAUCGUUAAUAUUGUUUCACUUAUCGGUAUGAAGAUUGGAGUUUUGUGUUUCGCUAAUGAUGUUUCAAUCGCCGGUCUCCCAUAGACUGUGCACCAAUCCAAUUUUUGUCCAAAGCAGUGUUUAAGGAUAGCAAAGAUUGGAGGUUUAAUUAAAGACUCUUUUGCGACAGUGACAAGAACGUCAUCCACCAGAACGCAUAAGACAAUACUUAACAUACCAAGGUGAAGAAACAAAUGAAUGAUCUGUAAAAACAUAUGAAAUUUCAGUCGUACAUUAAGAAGUUUUCAACAGCGCGAAAUUAUUUCUCCGUGUGUUAUACCAGACGUAAUUUUAUCAGUAUUGAAACAGACAUCAGCAUUCUUUUACAUGUUGUCUCGUUAGCCGCGUAUGCGGUUUGUCGCAUUUCGUAUAUCCUUGGAACUAAAUGGCUAAAAUUACUUUUAUGAAAUACAUUUCCUGGAGCGAGAGGGAGGAGUAUUCAACAGAGCAUGAUGCGAGGGGGGAGGGGGUGGCUAUCCCGGUGGUCAAACCCUUUCUCUACUUGUUGCAUAUCAUGAUUUAAUUCUAUUGGACGACAAUUUGUUUAUAGCAUGAACUAUUUUCCUUAAGACAAAGCUCAUUACGUAAAUAUAAUAAGAGCUCGGAAAAGAAAUAGGGAAAGACGUUUGUUCUUGUUGUCACGAACGCGAGACAAAGAGAAACGUCGGAGAGCUAGGCCAUCACUAAGUUCAUAUGUAACACGCGUCCUGCAUUCUGCAACGAUUAGCAAGGUCGAAAGCGUCAUGUGCGUUUUUAGAAUAAGAAAGAUGAUUUUUUUUUGUCUCACGCCCUCGACAAGACGAAAAAACAUGUUUCCCGACGACUUAGAUUGCUAACCACUUCUAGAAAUUAAAGGGUUGCAAAUUAAGUGGAAAAGUUCAACUCUGUCAUACAUUCAUGACGAGAUAUUACUUUACAUUCCAGAGAGGUUUCAUCCAAACUGAAGAUGGAGUUCAUUAUCUCAUUGAACCCGUUCAAGACCGAAACGCCUCAAGCGCCAGCGAUCAACACUUGCAUGUUGUGCACAAAAGGUCAGCGAGUCAUGACUCUCUGCCGCCUUGGAGACAAAAAAACCAUUUAUGCUCAGAUCGAGGUACACUGUUACUGCUUUGAUGAGGUAUUUUUGCUUCAAAUGUAAAAAUAUUGGAGUCUCGACGGCCAGAAGUUCCGGGAGUGGAGUUGGUGGCGUAUACCCUGUACUUUCGGAGCAAAGUUAGCGAAAACAAAUGACUGAAAAAAAACAGAAACAGACAAAAAUCACAUUUCGAUAUAAGGUGAUAACGAAACAAAACAUACGAAGGAAUAAGCCUUGGGUGGGGGCUUGUGCGCACGCAAGGUGGGUGGGAUUUGAUAGGAGGGGUAGCCAGGGGGGGAAAUGGGGCUUAAAAGUGAGCGGCUAAAAAGUAAGGUGGAUCUUUUAAGGCGGGAAGAGUUUCAUAACACAGGAUUUUACGGUAUUACAAGGGAGAUUCUAGGGCAAGCGCACUUGAAUUCAACGAAAAGAAAAACCAUUUGAAAUUUCAAACUUUGGAGAGUGAUAAGUGUCUUUCUUACAUUUUACUCAAAGAGCCGAUAACUCUGAGUCACCGACUCCGUUCUCCACUCAUCGAGAUGAGAAGCCAACAGCAAGGGCGUCUAAGACGUUCGGUCAGCACAGAGAAAAACGUGGAGAUGCUGAUGGUGGCUGAUGAAACUAUGUACGCAUUUUAUAAAGACGGAUUGGAGGAGUAUCUUCUCACCAUAGCUAAUAUGGUAGGUUGGUAUAGUUACACGAUAAUACCUUCUCUUUGUGAUGAUUUUUCUUUGAACAGCAACAUUUUUAACAGUUCUGUAAGUCAUAUUUAUAGGAAUUUGUUAUGUUUCAUUGUACGCAAAUUUGAGGUGAAUUCCACUACCAACACCCUAUAGUGCUGCGCAACAUUGGAUCUCGCGUUAGAAUUUUAAAAAAAGUGUCAAAGAGACUAAAACCUUGUUCACAGCCUUUCCAAGUCGUUGUGCCUUUCUGCAGGAAUAAUUUGAACCCUUCAACAGGGCGUGAAAUUGCGCCUAAUACAGGCGCCAAUGCGACUAAAUUUUCCUGGAAAUUAGUCGCCAAAUUGGCGACUAGAAUGUAUCAUCAUAACCUUACCAAGAGAUAUAGUGAAUUAAAAAGAUUUGCAAAGAUAAAUUCGCGGCGAACUUCCUCGUUAAGUUUGUUUCCAAAACGCAACACAUGCAUCUCGAUCGAUAACUAGACGCCAUCUUGGAUUUAGGUGAGCUUUAACGUUGUAUAUCGUCCAUCCUAGUGUCCACUUUGUAGCACCUUAAAGAUCUUUUCCCAAAUUUAAUUUUGGAGGGUCUAUCUGUCUAUCUGUUUGUCUUUGAAAAUGGCGACCAACUUUUUUCCACUGGGUACCACUUUGAAGAAUUUAGGAGCCAAGUGGCUAUCGGAAAAAAAAAUUAAUUUCACGCCCUGUUCAAUCCCUAAGAGUGACUGGCUUCAAAUUUCUCCCUACACUAUCACCCUUGAUUCAAAUAUACAGUCAUGAGAGUGAUUAAGAAGCUCCUGAUUGUGAAACAAAUUCUCCUUUGUCUUUACCAUAAGAAAUAUUAAGAGAAUAGUGUGGGGAAUAUCAAUAUCAAUCUAGGGUGAAAAAGAUUGAAGAAUUAUUUUUACCCUCAUUAUACUGAAAUUUAAUUGGCUGAUGUUACGUUUGUACCAAUUUGGAACUUGACUAAAUCUUUCAAGCUUGUUAACAUUGUAAUUUUCGCAUUUUUCAGGUGAGCAACAUAUUUCGUGACCCAAGUAUUGGAACUGCGAUCAACAUUGUUCUCGUACGGGUGAUGAUUCUGAGGGAAAACCCGGUAAGGAAUCCCAAAGGAAGAACAAUGGGGUUUUGGGGCGAAGGGGAUAAACAUUGGCUAUUCUAGUUGCCCAAGAUUAGUAAGGACACCGUAACUGUACCUCAAGUUUCAAGGUUGCCCUACCCUGCCCAGGCUCCGUCACUGUCGUUGUUUGGUAUCAUCACGCAACACCUUCUAACGUGACCAAAAAACGGCUGCAAAGGAGUCCAACAAGAACUCAGUGUGACAACAGGCAAACUCCCUGAGGGGCGGGAGAACGCGAGUGACCAAUCCGUAAUUUCUGAUCGGUUGAGAAAGUGGCGCGAGUUUUUUAGACCAAUCGCACACCGAAGCGAAACAAAACUUUUGAAAUUCCAGAUCACUUUCGUCAUGCAAUUUUAAAUUGCUCUAAUAUUUCAUUGCUUUUUUCGAUGAUCCUCAGAGUGCCCUGAAAGUCACCCAUCAUGCGGGUCACACACUGAAGCACUUCUGUCGUUGGGCGUCUCUAAUAAAUCCUAAAUCAGAGGAACAUGCCAAUCACCACGAUGUCGCAGUCUUAGUAACCAGGCAAGUGCGUUUGAGGUUUCUCAAUAGGCCAUUUCAAUUCCGAAAUGCCCCAAGCCUUGGAUUCAAAACAGAGGCAGGUGCAAAGGCUGUGAUAAGGAUAUAAUUUGCCAUGAAAAUUAAAGUAACACUCAUUUUAGCAUAAAGGUUUUGCAUCUGGCCUCAUUUUGAAAGUGAGGGCUCUCGGAAUUCGUAAAUGACUUGGUAACUCAAAGAUGAAUUGAAACCAUUUUUUUACGCCAUUGCAUGCCUCUUGGAAAAGAACGUUGAUUUUGUUCAUUGUGUUAUGUUACGUGUUUUCCUCUUAACAGACAUGAUAUCUGCAAAGGAAUCAACGAACCUUGUGAAACAUUAGGUAAGUGAGGACUGGUACUAAACUUCAAGUUAACUUCAAAGGAUGCUCACAGCACUUGGUUGAAACUCACUCGAGCGACGAUGUUGAUUCUGCGACCGAUGAUAAUAAAUCAUUCGCGACAAAGCGCGGGGAAACGCGGGCAUGCCUAGAAAGGAAUUUGUUCCCCAUUGGUGCACGAAUGGCAUAGUUAAGAACCACUUGGGGGGGAGGCAGCAUUCAAUUGUGAGAGAUGCUUUCUCUCCUCAUUAGAAAAUCUUGUCAGGGCCAUUGUUAGUUCAUUAUUUAAUAUCAUAUCUUCUUCCUGUUUUCACUGUUAUUUCCGUUUUCUUACUUUCAGCUAUCGUGUUAAAUUCUCUGUAACAGUCACUUACCCCUUCAUAUCAAUACAUCUUUUAAAUUCGGAUGUUCUGACACUCAUUUUUUGCCAGGUCUUUCACAAGUGAAUGGUCUUUGCACCAAAGAUAAAAGCUGUAACGUGAAUGAAGAUAAUGGACUGACUCUGGCUUACACCAUUGCCCACGAGAUAGGACACAAGUAAGACGGUUAUCCAUGAACCCCCUAAGAUUGAUAAGCAUCUAAGUUCUGCCAGCAGGAUUACCCCUGAAUCAAACACUAAGGUCACGAGAAUAAAUAAAAUGAUCGCGUAUUUAACACGUUCUUGAUUUUAACUCAAAUUAUCCUUAUAAUUACCAUAGCAAAUGCAUAGAGAGCAAUAUGGAGAACUCGCAUACUAAUGUUAGGGUUAUAAAUGGUUGUAUUUAAUGAUCUUGCGACACCUAAGCUGUUUUUGGAUUUCACCUCAGGCACAAUAAAUUGACAAGCUUGUCAAAUAAAAACAAACGGACCAUACAGUUAUAACAACUCUGACUGAGUUCAUCUCCAAAUUGCAGUAUUGGGAAUGAGGACAUUUUAGUUAAUGAGCUGUCGAUUUCAGAAAUUCUCUUUGUGCUUGUCUAUUGGGUUACUUAAAAUCAGUUUAAUGUCCUUCGCUUUAAGCUAAGUGGAAGCUUUUUCGCUAUUGGAACUUCAACCAUUAAGUCCGUAACGUCAGUUUGGGUAUUGGCAGUACUGUUCUGUUUACAUUUCCUCAAGCACUGACAACGAGAAUUUUUCUCACAAGUAAUUAGUGAUCAAAUCCUUUAUUCUCAAGACUUGAGUGUUCUAUUCAGUAGUGAUACUGUGCGGAGAAAUUAGAUGCUCAUCACUCUUUGAGGUUAAAGGUUAAAAAUCUAUCGGUGGAUCUAAGGAAUCAAUACACUAUGGACGGAGGAAUAAACAGUUCAUAGCCAUAAUUCUAUUUUCUUUACCCCUGAAAUUUUUUUUAUCAGAUCCCUUCCUUCCGUCAGGGAAACGGUAAUUGCAUGGUCGGCGGAAUCAGGCCGAUAAUGUGUACGGGCCCGCGCUGAAGUGAGAAAACAUCUUCUGAUAAGAUAACUUUGAGAGUGGAUAGAGCACAAAGUCGUUAUUCCUUAAUUCCUAUUGGCCAAGGCUGCUUUGUCUAUCAAAGAAACAGCCAAACAUUUCUACACGCUAGACGUUUAUUGUGACGACUGAAAUUUUCGGAAAUAACAAAUGAAUUGCGGUUUUCUUAUUUCCAAAACGAUAUCUCUGUCGAUCGCUCCCUGAAUGAUUUUAUCGCUUGUUUUUCUAAUUUUCUCGCUAUCGCUUAAUGUAAACCAGUACUUGCUUAAAUACAGAAAUAGCAUCGGACAAUUUAAAUCGAAAUUGUCUUAUCUGUGAUAUAAAUGUGGAUCAUUACAUAAAUGACUGACUAGCGAUCGUCUUUAAGUCGCCAAAUGUUAGGACAAGACGAGCCAUUAUGAGAGACUAUACCUUAAUUACAUGAUAUUGACGUCUUAAUUUGUGGCAGUAAAAUGGAAGCACCGCAAGAAACGUAAACCAGAUACAUUUGAUCUCUCAGCACGUUCGUUAGAUAGGGGAUCCGUCAUAAUGGAGACAAGUGGUCGGGCUUUUGUACGAAUUGGUUUGCAGAACAAUCUCUCUAAUUUGCAACAAUAGCACAACCAAUUAUCAAAUAGUGUACAGCGCUGAGUUGUAUAUACUCAGAGAAAAUAACUGCGAUUUCGCGCAAGUAUCAUCGUGAAAAAUAAGUUGCGAUUAGUGUAUAUAAGUAUUUCAUUUAUAGGUCAAAUACUACAGGGCAAUGGCACAGACAGUAAGUCUGAAAUAAAAUAUUGUGGCUGAUAAGAAUUGACGACACUCAUUGAUUAAAUUAUCUGUGGGAUUACGGACGUGAAUUUAGGGUCGCUUAACAUUUGCACGGUAGAGAUAAACAUCAGACCGCUUUUUCCUUGAUUUUGACGUGUGAUAUUGUCGGCGUUUUCUACCUCAAGAUCUUCUUGGCUACCACAGAUUAUCCAGAUAACAGUCUUUUUGCCAAAAUUAAUUAAUCUUGGACCGAAAUUACAUCGGUAAUCCGCAUAAGAAUUUAAAAUGGCGUAUGAAAACACGAAAAAGGGACUGGGCAUCAAAUCAAUCUUUCACUUAAGAGAUGUAGUUUUACGCUGAAAUAAAUUGCAGGUCCGAUAGAAAUCAGGUCUUCGGAGAGGUGAGUCGCUGAGAAUCAGUCGUUCCCCUUUUCCGUUCGGGGUUUUAGUAGCAUCCAAAUGAAAGGUGCCGAUUGAGGAAAGAGAACCCACAGAUAUGUGGCUCAGAAGGAGACGAUUAUCUUACUUGACGAAAAAAUAGCCGGAAACUCGCUCUGCAAAAUAUUUCUUUUAGUGUUGCGCGAAAAGUAAUCCCAGGAGUAUAAUUUAUAAUACUCCUUGUAUUCCUGUUAACUUCCACCUAAUUCAUGAUAUUUGGCAAUCUCAACUGCCCGCACAUUAGAAAUAAAUAGGAAAUGAAUGAGACAUAAAUGGGAAUUAAACUCGAUCCUUUCAGGUUUUAAAUAUUUGGAACACAUAUCUGUUCACGAUUUUCCCAAAAGUCUAUUUGUAUCACGGAACUGAGGUAACUUAAAAAAAGGCGGAGGAAAGAAACUCGAUGGCUUGACGGACGUGCCAUGUAGUUGUCUAUCAGGAAUCCUUUUCACUCGAUAUUCGACUGUUAAAAAAACUGUUCCAAAUUUCUUGUCUCCUCAGCUUUGGAAUGCUUCACGAUGGGAACGAUAACGACUGUAAGUGGAGUCCAGACAAACCCUUUCUGAUGUCUCCACAGCUGGAAGCCUCAGGCCGGCAACAGUUAUGGUCCUCUUGCAGCAGAAAUUAUCUCAGACGCUUCUUGAAGUAAGUUAUGUUAACGAAUUUGUGGUCGAGUUCUUACCAACGUAAACUUUAAUCAAUCAACCAAUCAGAAUGAUUAUGUUGUCAUUCACAAACGCAUAAGUCACUUUCUUAAGGUUUGGGCCGAUUUUCCUGCGCUUUCCCUAACCACGCGUUUUCUUUUAACUCUGAUUGGUUACAGCAUCAUUGGGCUGACGUACUUUUUCCUCACUUUGAGUAAGUCAAGUGGUCUGACUCCUAUAUUUCGUUAUUCAAAAUCGUGAUCAUGGGGUCUAAUCGGCGACAACUAUCUUAUGGUUCGUACUGUGAACUACAAAAGAAAACAGGGAGAAGAUCUCAAUGUUCCUUCGUUUUACGAAAAUUAAACGGGCGAACAAUGGCUUUUUUUAUAACCACAGUAAAAGGAAUGGUAUUGAUUAUUUCUUACGGCCUUAGUGAUUUGAUUACGUUUUCCAUUUCUUCAGCAAAGGAUGGGGCCACUGUCUUAAUGACGAGCCUGCAAAGCAUGACUUUAAAUUUCCCAGAAUGCUACCAGGGGUGAUCUACGACGCUGACCACCAGUGUCGCCUGCAAUAUGGUCUGGACUCUUCCCACUGCACAGGCAUGACGGUAAGUUAGAAACAUCGACACAGUCCGACUAGUUAUCUCUAAAACGUUCGGGUGCUCUCUUAAACCUCAUUCUUCUCUUGAGCUUGUUUAACAUCAAUUGUGGGGAAUAGUAAUUUGGGUCUACAUGUUUUGCGUGUGAACUCAAACAAGCGCGUAUUUUCGGAUCGUGUACAUUUGACAUUAAUCUCGCACCUAGAUCCUACCGUGUAACUGUAACUAAAAUGUACAACUGCUUGGUUGUGGAAGGUCUGGGUACGAGACUAGUUUGCAAUAAAUGUGUUCAUGAGACUAUGGCAUAACGUGAAAAGAGGGCUACUUCACUGACACAAGAGAUGUGAUCACUUAGCCCUAAUUAGAUUCCUUUUCCUUAUGGUAUUCACGGUUUUGUCAAUCAAAACCCAAAAUAAGCAAUUUUUAGUGAUUACAUAAAUACUUAUUGAUACGCAGAAUAUCUGUAAUCGAUUGUGGUGCCGAGUCGGUAAGGCGUGUCAUUCUAAACUGGAGCCAGCUGCUGAUGGAACAAAAUGUGGGGAUAACAAGGUACAUAUUGAAUUGAUUUUUCGUGAUAUUGAGAGGGAAGCCUCUACAAAAGUUGGUUGAAAAUUUACUCUUUCGAUAUCUGUGCUACCAAAAUCAUCGAGACAUUAUUGUAAUGUUAGACAACGGAUCAGAACUUCAACACCACCAAAUGAUGAGCUUUUUUGACCCUUUCGCCCCAAAGAGUGACCAGCAUCUAAUUUCUCCUUACAAUAACUCCCCUGAGUCACACAUGAAGGUCACAAGAAUAAAGGAAAUGAUCACCAGCUAAAGAAUCUUAAUUGUUAAACAAAUUCUCUUUGUCAACACCUCAAGAAAUCUAUGAUGAACAGUAGGGAGAAUAUGUAUUAUGAUUUUAGAGUGUAAAGGAUUAAAUAAGAAUCAGGAUUAUUUUCGACCAGUUUCCUCAAAUCAUGUAGGCUACUUUUUUUUUUCUCUGAACUGAGAUAAUUUUGACAAAUACAACUUUAGAAUUCCACUAUCAGCAGCGUUUUUAAGUAUUCCCUAACAAGAAUAACGAGCGUACUGAAACCUGGAGUUUGAAAUCGAAGAAUAGAUGGACUUAAUGACAAAUUGUCUCAACACAACCAUUCAGUUAAGACAACCGACGAACUCAAUUUUAGUCAAAAAUAAAGGUGAAAAAAGUUAGGCGUCGACUGGGAUUCAUUCCGUGAAGACUUAACGCUUCACAUCUUUCUUAUCAUGUAAUUCUUUAGUGGUGUUACAAGGGCAGCUGCAUUGAGAGAGGGGAGAUACCAGAGAGUGUGGAUGGAGGCUGGGGUCCCUGGAGAAAUUACAGCGAAUGUUCCAGGACCUGUGGUGCUGGAGUCUCCUUUACAGAGAGACAUUGUGAUAAUCCUAGGUUUGUUUUGAUAUUAGAGCGUUUUUACAUUUGCAAUGUCGUAAAACCAAAUAAACUGAACCAUUACCUUAACCCCCUCCAAUAACAGAUCUUAACAAAUGUCAACAACCCAAGAACAGAGCUCAAGUUACGAGUGGUUAUAGUUUAGGAUCUAGUUUGCUGAAAUGAUAGUAUUGAUGAUCUGCAUCAUUUAAAUAGCUUUACAAAGCAAAAUCAUUGUCAUGUCGGAGUACUUUCGGCUCCAUCGAAAACUGGUCGGAUCUCAGGUCAGAGCUUUGAGGGGAGAAAAAGGUGGUGAAAUUCAAUUAUUUUAUAGGAGGAUCUAUUUUGCAACGGGUUUACGAGGCAACUGUUCGUGCUGGAGAUUUGCUUUUGCUGUCCAACAAAAAAUGUAAUAAUUGAGUUAGGUAAGAGAUCGUUGCCAUAUCUAUGAUCAGUCUGUUGAUUCUUUCUGCACCUCAGACCGGCUAAUGGAGGAAAGUAUUGCAUCGGGGAGUGGAAGAAGUACAGACUUUGUAACACACAGGUGGGUAUAUUCCACAGAGCGCCUUUCGAUCGAGUAUCAAAAGACCCAAACCAAAGUAAUAUCAGCAGGCAAUCAGAACAAAAGGAAAUAUCUCCAGGACCGAUAAAAACUCAAACUAAAAACAUGUUAACUGUCUGAAGCGCCAGAAACGCGAUCGACCUAGUCAAGACUGUUUUAAGUCUUGCAUGUGAUUUGUUAAGGAGACGACACAAGUUUUUUUACACCAAUCGCAGAUCACUUUUAAACCUCAAUUGUAAAUUUCUCUAUUCUAAAAUUAAUAUUGCUUUGAAGGUGAUUCCUAUAUUGUUAUUCCUCUUCCAGCCGUGCCCUCCUGGCAGCUUAGGUUUUCGUGAGUUGCAGUGUUCACAGUUUGACAAAAAACGCGUAAACAACAGACGAUGGAAAUGGAAACCACGCUACUCGAAAGGUAAAGUUAAGAAAAUAUUAGAGGAGGUCAUUAACUCAACUCGCUACCUGAUAUAGGACCGUAGAGCGUGUACAAGGUUAUGCGCUAUACGCUGCAGUAGUUAUACUAACACUUGGGCAUGUUAGUGUAGACACCACCUCUCCUGCAAAUGCCUUCGAUAUCACUUUCCUCCUGCAGUGUUCCGUCAAGACUGAUCAAAAUGUAUUUAGUUAAAGUUUCGUUAUAUCUGUCGUAUUUUUAGUCUCUCCUUGUGAGUUGCACUGUACGCCAAAAGGGCUGUUUGGUUUGUACUUUUCCAAGAAGUUGGCUGAUCAAGUGCGUGACGGAACGCCUUGUUUCCCAGGAAAGCGUGACGUGUGCAUCAAUGGCAAAUGCGAGGUUUGUAAGCGAACCAAAUCCUCUCCUAGGAGUGACCACUUAGUAAUUUCUCUUUACAAUAGUAGCACGAGCAAAGGUGACGAGAAGAAUGCAAAUACUACGAACGUGAAGCUCUCUGUUCUACCUUCAAAUUCUUAGAGCUAAAAUUAUAAGGGAAUUAUGGCAGACGACGAGGAGAAUUGAGUUCAUGAAAGAUCUUGAGACUAGAAAGGUCAAUGCAAGUCUUACGAAUCAUGCAUAGCCUUGCAAGGUGAACAAUGUCCACCAUACACGAGUCGCGAUUGCUCGGAUCAAUAUAUUAAUACAGCAGUGUUGGUGCUUUUCAGUGUUACAUUUUCACGGCUGACUCAAAAUCGAAACUCUCAUCCAACUAAAAAAUGUGUAUUACUGCGCUGGAAUGAUUUCUGGUGAACAAUAACAUUUAAUUGAUGCAUUUUCGACCGCUAUGGAGAGAUGGGUAUAAUCUUGCUCUUAACUUAGAAUCCGUAUUUCUUUUGUUUUCCGAUAGCAUGUUGGUUGUGAUAAUGUUCUCCAUUCAAAUGCAAAAGAGGACAAAUGUGGUGUUUGUCGCGGUGAUGGAACAGCGUGUGAGACGGUCAAGUCAACUUUUAACCAGAGAACUGGAAUAGGUAUAUGGAUAUUGAAUAUUAAUAUUAUCAUAAUAAUUAUUACCAUCAUUAUUAUUAUUGAUAGAAUUUUAAACACAGGUGACUUCACUUUUCUCUGUUAUUAAAUCAACUUUCAAACAGUUACAAGAUGACUUGGUUUUAUUAAAUGAGAUGACAAUGUAGGCCACCGUAGUGAGAUUUAAAGCUGAAGUUUCGAGCGUUAACCCUUCGUCAGAGCGAAUUUUACGAUUCGAAAUGUCAGGUUCAAAAAGUUUCUACGGUGGCCAAUUUACAUCAACUCAGUUGAUAGAACGAAUUGUUAAUCUUCUCGUACUUCCCCCUCCCCCACCCCCAAGGACGUAGCACGACAGUUUCAUUAGAAAGUUAACUUAUUUCUUAAACAGUUAGAUAAUACUUACAUCAUAGUUACCACAGCUGAUCGCUUUGAACGUAACCCCUGAAAAUUGAAAAAAAAUCGGGGGGGGGGAAAGGGAAAGAGGGGGAGCAACUAACUUUGGAACGUAACCCCGGAUUUGAUUUGGUUUUUAAGGAAACUCAAACUCCGUUUCUGUAAUGUAACCUGCAGGGUACGUCGAAACAAAAAUCAUCCCAGCCGGUGCCAGAAAUAUCCGCGUUGAAGAAGUAGCUGGCGCUUCAAACUAUUUGGCCCUACGGUCGUCCAGCGGUAAAUGGUACCUGAAUGGUGAUUGGUACAUACAACAGAGUGGCGAAUACUCUGCUGGGGGUACCAUGGUGUUCUACAAAAGGACACACAAUAGGGAAAGUUUUCAGGCCCUGGGACCGACUACUGAUGACCUGCAUAUUAUGGUAUGUUGGGAGAAAAUUUCAACCGAAUAAAAUUGUCUGCAGUCCCUUGUCUCUGUUUUACAAGCUUACAUAUGAAAAUGAAUAUCUCGUAAGCGCUCGGUAGACAUUUAAUUCAAUGCCAGACCUGAGAAAUUGAAAGUUUAUCGAGUUGAUAUCUUUUCCCGUUCUGAGGGAAAUUGCCGAGUUUCAUUUCACUUAGGAAAGGGAAUCUUGAAGUAAUUGAGAUCGUUUAUCUUUGAGCUUAGGGAUUAAUUACUUCAACGGGACUCUUUGAAUUGGUAAUAGCUGUUCUAAAAUAAAACCUGUCUUCAUUCCUUCAAGCUCCUGUUCCAAACCAAAAAUCCAGGCAUUGAGUUCGAAUAUACGAUUCCCAAGAACCAAACAGUAACCCACACACUUGUGUUCAAGUGGAGAUACAGCGCUUGGACACCAUGUUCAGCUACUUGUGGCGUUGGUAAGUAGGAAACAUAAGCAAACUUCAAAUCAAGAUUGCGCCAAAAAAAUAGAUCAAAAAUUAGACUUUCGUAUCCCCAUUUUUUGUCUUUUGUGGUGAAUAGGGGAUUGUUUUCUUUCUCUCUUUGGUUUGAUGUUUUGGAGGACGAGAAGAACAGUAAGAUAAAUUAUAAACAGAGAGAAAACUUUCUCGUUCACGUUGGACAUUUAAGUGAUGCGUUCCUUGAGUGCACCAAUGAAAAAACUCCAAGUCACAGAUUAUAGAGGAUUUGGUGUAAAUACAAAACACCUUACUAAGAUAACUGUACCUUCCUAUGAAGGUUUUUUUUAUAGGCCCACGACGACAGUUCGCCUAUGGAAGUUGCGUUUUUUAAGACUUACAUCGGUGUGCUUUAAUAAACAAUCAAAUCGUGAGUUGUUGAUAACAAUACAAGUGUAGACUUAGCAUUAUAAAUAUUUCUGUCAUAGGCACCACUCGCUCUGAAGUGGAAUGCACGGAGGAAAGUGGUACACCAGUAGAUGAUAAAUACUGCAAACCUUUACCAAGACCAGAUGACAGGCAGAAAACCUGCAAUGAAGAUCUUUGUCCUCCCACGUGAGUACAUGAAUAAUUCAACUAUGUUAAUAAAAGUAUGUGGACUGAAUCAUAGGUGAAUCAAACCUUUUUGUUUGGCGGCGUGGUAAUCAGAAAAAGAUUAUCAGAAAGCCGCAACACUCUCGUUUCGUAAAGAGAAUGGAGUCGAUUCCAAAAAUAUGGCAAAAAUUUGUCCAGCUUGAAAAACAAGCGUUUCUUUUAAAUGAUCCGCGAGAGUGGAAACAUCGCCCUUCUCUACAAGCUAACAUUCUUUACAAACUUAGAAAAAGAAAAAGUAACAAGAGUUCUUAGGGAAGGUUUGUACUCCCGCUAGUUCCAAUUCUGCAAACGUUUUAUGUUGUUGGCAGAAUGUGUAAUGUAGACAGCGUCCUUCAUUAUCUCUCUCAAUUGAUUGGUCAAUUUAGCGGGCCAUAUUUCACUGAACGAGCCGCUGAAUUCAAAAGUUUGGUUGAAUUGAAAUCUUCCGCUCCAGUUGAACACAAAGAGAUAAUAAAUAUGGUAAACUUUUGUCACGAGCGGGAGGUAACGAAAAUAAAUCAGUAAGGAGGAAAUUUAGUGCAUCAAAGGAUAGAAGUCAUCUGACUGGUUCAGAAGUUACAUGCUGUCUAUCAAUACAUUUUUAGAUGGUGGAGAGGACCGUGGCAAAAAUGUUCCAAAAGUUGUGGGAAAGGGAUCUCUAUUCGCUCAGUGCUCUGUGUAAGAAGUUCUGGAAAUGAUGAACAAGUGGCAUUGAAAGAAGAGGAUUGUGCAAAGAUCAGAGAGAAGCCGGAUGUCGUAAGAUCGUGUUUUAGGAAAUCUUGCCCAUCGGCUUGGACCGUGGGGGACUGGACCAAGGUAAGGAGCUCGACACUAAAGAGAAUAAUUUAUGUGAGAAUCAUGUGUUUGAACUGCGGAGAGAAAUUUUGAUGGAAAGAUCAUGCCAUCGUACGGUAAAUUUAACAAGAAACAUUGUCAAACACGACUCCUUUGCUCCUUAUGACUUUAAGUCUUUCGUAAUGAUGUUAAGUGUCCUGUGGCCAGCUUAAAUAAAGUCCUUGAAUAAAACUGUUUUGCUUAUUCAAUGUCAGUGUUCAGUAUCGUGCGGCCAGGGAAUCAAGAAACGUAACGUGACCUGUGGCGUGGCAGACCCCACAGAAAAGUGCGACAGUAGAGCUGUACCCAUUUCCUGGGCUUAUUGCAGUGAAGGAAUAUGUCCCGUGAUAACCCUCCCUCCAACAACUAUGGUAAGCCGUUUUAAUAUUAUUAAAAAGCCCUUUUGAAGAACAAUUUUCAGUUGAGUGUCGACAGUUUUCUGGAUUCCAUCGGUCUUGCCACACCUCGCUCCGUGAUUGGCCGAGAAAACUUUCUCCAUUCUCUCAACCAAUCAGAUGCAAAAGGAAAAUCAACUGCGACUUGAUUAUCCACGUUUUCCCGCGCCUCACGCAGUUUUCUUUCUCUACUUCGAACUCUCACAGGCUUGACAGGAUAUUUCCCUUCGCUUCAGUUUGUUGAAAUUAUUUGGUUUUAGUUUCACGACACUCCGUCGAAAAGCGAUCUGUCGUAAUUAACAUGGAGACCUGCGCAAUGAUCAAACUCCUUAUCAAAGAAAACUUGUUUUUGCACAGGCAAACAUUUCUCUCGUAAAUCUUCGAGGAGAGGAUGUCAGAGACGUAAGGAAGAAUUCAAGUUUGAAAAAGUACUGUAAUGGCCAGAACUGCCAGAAAUGGUCAACAGGUCGCUGGAGUAAGGUAGGAUUUGUCUACUGUUAAAAACACCCUAAUAUUAUUGUUUAUCAAUCAGUAACUGUCCUUAAUAGAUGAAUUUUCAAUAGAAUUUCAAGUUGCCAUGUUUUUCCUAUAACCUACAGUGUUCGGUGACUUGUGGUGAAGGGAAUCAAGUCCGGCGAGUUCAUUGCACAAACUCAAAUAUACUCUGCAACAAAGAGCUGAAACCACCCCAUGUUAGAAAAUGUAACAUGGAAGCUUGUGCGAAAUGGCAGACUGGGCCGUGGACCAAGGUAAGUGAGGAGAGAAUUUUUCUUAUUGGCCAGAUUGUUCAAUAAAAUAAAAAAGAAAAAUUCCCUUUCCUAAAUGAACAGAAAGCAAUUUGUACACUUUUCUCUGACACCUAUGGACACCUAUGUAACCGUACGUUUUCUUUACUGAAUUUUGGACACUUCUUCAGGUCGAACAUUUUUAGUGCUUUACUCUCGAACAAAUUCCUACAAACGCCGCUGGUUUUUUGAUCGUGUAUUCCUCUGUUUUUCAGAAGGAGAGUUUCGAACUUCCGAUCUUGAUGAAUGAAGGAUAAUUGUAAUUUAAAGGAACAAAAAAUUAGAUACUAAGAAUUUAAAAGGCGAAGUUGUUUUCAUCUCGCCGUAACCAAGAAACGGUUCUGGUUUCAGUUGUCCUCGUGAAAUUUAUGAAAAUUCUUUACACAAGUUAUUCUCUCACAAAAUAAUUAUAGCAACGUAUAUAACUUCUGAUACAAAGAAGGUUUUGUCGUAUUGCGAACCUUUCAGUCGAAAGUUGCUCUGCACCUAGGCUAGACCACGAGCAGUCUCUUUAAUUCGGCGAAGUCCGUCACGCAAGCUAACGGGAAAAAAAAUUAGGGUUGUGCGCCGCGCGGAACUCUGAGAGGAAUUAAUUUCUUGUGCUUCAUUCCCAGCGUUCCGUGUGGCGCGCUACCAUCAAUCUUUAUUCGCUAAUUUUUUUUUUUUGCUCCCGCGAUGGACUUCGCGCAAAAAGAGGAACUGCUAAUAGUCUAUGCCUAGGCUCCUUACUUAAAAAUUUAAGUUCCUGAGCAAACUUCCUUCAAAUUAUAUUCUUUUCAGUGCUCAACCUCGUGUGGAAGUGGAACACGAAAGCGCAGUGUAAGAUGUACAACUGUGAAAAAAGAUGUAGUUUCGAGGCACUGUUCCGUGGCCGAUAAACCAAAAGCCCAAGAGAAAUGUUUCCUGAAGGACUGUCCCAAUAAAACAACUGGUAAGCUCUCCAUACAACUGCAAGUCUUUUUUUUUUGUUCUCGAGAAUUGCUCAUUUCAACACAUCCUUGUUUUAAUCAUUCCGUAUACUAAUCAUCGCGUAUACAAAGCCUGGUGAAAACCCUAUGUGAAGACAGACUUCACAUAGGAGAAUGUCUCAGUUAGUUGUCUUAAGUGUUUAUGUGUUAAUUACCUUUCCGUUUUGCAGUGAAGUCUCGUACUCAAACAAACUCAAAUUGUGCGGAAAGCGCCAGGGAUACGUAUUUCUGCAAGUUGGUUGUACUGCACAAAUUUUGUCAGUUUAAACACUGGAAAGACAGAUGUUGUAGGACGUGUCAAGACUCAAGAUCCUAACAAAAUGAUGGCAGAUUUUUACCGAUUUAAUGCGCAACCAGUAAAACUGGUCAUAGUCAAGCUAUACUUGAAACGUACGACGAAUGGCCAUCGGAAACGGUCGGAAAUUAGAUCGUGAACGAUCGGCAAUCCGUUUCAACGGCGAAGCAUAUUCAGGAAAAUUGAAUCUGGUGCAAGCCAGGCACAAAGGACAAAUAGGUCAAAAGUACACAAGAAGUAAAAUCAAGUAAUUUAAAUUAUUAGCUAACAGUUUUAAAGCGUCACUGAUCGAUUUCAAAGAAAUUGAUAUUUUAGGAAUACAAAAUCCAAACUCUCCUUAGCGGUCUCUACAUUGCCAGAGUAAAGCGAAGGGGAAUUUAAUUACAAAUUAGCGUUUCGUUAUUGUCUAAAGAUUUGACCUCCUUGGAAUGCUUUUAAAUAUUUCAAUGCUCAACAACCGAAAUAGCCUUUUAGGCCAGGUAAAAUUUAAUAGAGAUGGUAUGGUGACCAUCCUUCCAUUAAUUGUGAUAACAAAAAGUUCAAUUCUGAGUUAUUAUUUUAAGAGCGAACAGACCCGGAUUUUGAAAGACGGAAAGAAUCUUUUCUUUUGUAAAGAUAUUUAUACAGAUGCCUUUGGCGACAGAUAGUUCUAUUUUAUGAACAAAUAAAGCAAGAAAAAAAGAAAUGUGAAAUACUUCAACGGCGUAAUUCACUUGAAAAAACAAAUCUGGUAAAAUCCCAGAAUUACUUAAAACUAUUAAAUAUUCAUGUUAAGGUGGAGUCUCGCCAAUAGCACGACUGAAUGAGAGCGUCAGACAGGAAAAUAUUUGGCUCUCUGUAAUGCUGAAAAGGUGCGAGUGAGCUGAGCGUGCGAGGGCCGUGCCAAAUAUUUCCGUCAGGCCCGACCGCUAACUCACUUGAUAAGUGUUUUAAGGUCUUCGAACGUGAAUUUUUAUCCAUGGGUCUAAUAUAUAAAAGCACGUAGAAGUUAUAGAAAAAUAAAGAACACUACAGGGUUUCACAAGACGCGAGACUGACAGGGCCUUGGUGGUCAAGCUUAGCUUGUUAGGGGCUCUCGGUUGAGCUAACGUUUGUUUCGCCGACGUGCUAGUUCGCCAACUCUGAGUUCGCCGACUUCCACAUUACCGACUUCCACAUUGCCGACUUCCACAUUGCCGACUUCCUCUUCGCCAACAACCCGGGUCGAUUCGCCGAAGUAUCUUUACUGGUUCGCCGACUUGAGAUAAAGCGUUAAGUUUCCCCAUGGACUUUUUCUUUAAUUCUGUACUUUUAAUAACCUGAGUUUAAGAAACUUUUUUUGGUACUUCUGUUGUCUUUCCCGCAGCUUCACGGUGAACCAAGGCGAUAACAAACGAACAAUAGCACUCGACGAUUAGCCUAACCUUUUCUUCGUUGGGAACGUGACCAAUUUCGUCAGCACCCUUCAAAAGAGAUUGCACGAAGUUUGUUUGUAAUUACACUGGCUUUAAUUUGGCCUCGAUAGCGAGCUAAAACUGCUUGCGAACUGUCCUGUUAGGCAUUUAAAAGCGUCGCCAAACUGACUCUUAAAUAGUGGGAAUUUACUGUUAGUCAAAUAUUUGCUGCUUAGGAUGUCCGGUUUCCUCUUAUUUCUUUUUUCAUCAAAAUGUGAAAACAUAACCUAAAAGAAAGGAUAAACAAGUUUGUUUGUUUGUUAUUACAUUGGUCAUAGCACGUCGGCAAAUCGACCCGAGAUGUCAGCCGGUGAAGUAGACUUUGGCAAACUGGCUCGUCGGCGAAAAGACCGAAUACAUUGGUCAAAAGCGAAAUGGCGCACGUUUGACACCUGGCGGCUGUCAGGGGACAAGUAAGACACCCACGAAUCAUUCGCUCCUUUCUUCACCUUCCUCCGCCUAAAAAGAGAGAGACGCAAGGUUAGGCUAGACUUUGCUGCUCUUCAUGCCGAUUUGCUCCCUCGCGAAUCUGACUCGUACCCAGUCUACAAAAAAGUCCCUCAGCUCCUUCCACGAGGACAUUCUCGUCCCCAGAGCCUAUCGUUCUACUGAGCUGCUAUCUCGUGUUCCUCAGGGCAACUGUGUUACUCGUCGCUCACUUCUGAGAGUUAAAGGACUAAACUUAUCGAUCGCUUGAACCUAAUACAACGCGAUGACCAAAGGAGAGUAAAUUUAAGACAAAACUGGUGGUUUCCACACUUCUAAGCUACUUUUGUUUUAACGAAUGGGAAUAAAUGAAUAUCAUAUAUUUGAACUACGGAUUAAUAAAUGAAGAUGAUAAUGAUCAUCGCCAUUAUGUAGUGAAAAUCAAACCUGAAUCAAGCCUGAAAUCAUAACUUGAUUUUCACUCCUGUACAAGUAGUGUUCAAAAAUGCGAUGAUCACUCUUACCUUUAUCUACUAAGCCUUUUGUUUUAUUACGAAUUGAGGCAAAUUUGCUUACAAAAAAAAAAAAAAAAAAAAAAAAAGUCGCCCUUUUGAAGAUUAUACCGAUAAGGACGACUUUUGCUAUCUCAGCGAUUCAAUUGAUGGUCAUAUCUUACAUAACUUGUCAGUUUUGUGUCACCGUCUGAUAUGUAAAUCGGCUCCAAGCGGUCAAAGAGUCUCAUCUGCCAUGUGAUCAAUGAUGGUUUUCAACGAAUCUUCUAAUUUGCGGGCUGUAAAUAGCUUGAUAAAUUUAAAACGCAGACUGGAAUAAUUUACGAUAACUGGUUUUGACAUCGGAAAUCUGUUUAUAAAGGUAAAACACCAUUCUUCGUAAAUUCGUGACCAGCUAUUGCGGUUUGUUGAUGUUUCAGCGUGCAUGUCAUUAGUCUUGUCUGAAAAAGUUUGAAAUGUUUGCGAUCAAUUAAAGAUAGCUCUUUUGAUGAUUGCAUUAGAAAAGCUAGAAUUGAGCCGUGUAUAGUCUAGUGGUUUUAUUCAUCAGUCAAAAACAACUCCUUAUAACUUCCUAACAUUAAAGUUUCAUUUAGCUUUGUCAAAUGGUCGCGAAAGUUGAGACCGGAAAUAAUCAUGACCGGAAAUGGACGAAAUGUUUACGUGUUGCUAAGGCUUUGUAGCCAGGGAAACCGGUAUCUUGGAGACGUUGUUAGAAAAAGCUUUUGUUUGCAACGAGGAGGAGGCAGAAUCGCAUCGGAAUUUGCGGCGCUCAGAUCUUGGGUUGUUUCGGCAACUUUUCAGAGAAUAAUUCCCAAACUUUUUAAGUCUACAAUUAAGGAAAUAUGGCCACUGAAGAAAAGGGAGAAAAAGUUGUACAGAUUGCUGCGAGGGAAAGAGGUGAGUCAUGGCGGAGUUAUAAGUUCCAAGCUCGAUCAAAGUCAAGUAGCUUCAACUUAAAGAGCGUAGUGGAUGGGUCAUCGAAAACUGGUUCGAAUAUUAGAAUUAAUUUUAUACCGAGAAAAUGUGUAUGAUAGAUUUUCCCAGUUGGAUGGGAUGAUUUUCGUAAAACUUUUUGGGUCCAGCUUGGUGAAGCGUGGCGUGUUCGAAGCCACGCGUUCACCUUCAACUUUUUCCAUCACCAAACAUUGGUCAUGGCGAGAGCCAUAUCAACAUUUUGUAUGUACUCAUCAACCUCCUUUUAAAAGAGAAAUUAAAGGAGUAAAGAAAUAUUAAAGUAAGUGAAAUUUGUUCAAAUCUUUGAGGCAUCUUUAAUUACAUUUAUUUAAAACCAUCGAUGCAACACCCAAUCUUCUAUUAUAAUUUCGAAAUCUUGGAUUGAAAUAUACUGAAUACGAUAUCGUUUUCCUAAUCAAUGGCCAAGGAAGUGAAUUAGGAUAUGUCUUUACUUUCCAUUUCACAAAACAAACCUUUCGGGGGCUUUGUGUCAACACAGCUGCCUCGUGAUGUAUUUUCCGGACUAUUAGAAGCUACUGGCAAGCAUACCGUUAAUUGGUUAUACUGUCAUUUAGCUUUCCUCAAUAGCCCUAUCUCUUCAAUCAAAGGCUACUGUGUCAUUUGAAUGCUUUUCGAUCUGAAACUGUGUGCUCGAAAUGUGGCAAUUAAGCCAAUGUGUUUUAUAGCUUUCGACAUUUGUCACGAAUUGUUUACAGUGCAGCUUUGAAUCACUAAGGACAUAUUUCGUUUCAUCUGCUCGCUUUUCAGGCCCAGGACCCGGUCGAUAUGGACUCCCUUCGAUGUUGGGACAUCAACAACAUGAUUGUAGAAGAGUCAGAAAGCCGGCUUAUUCAUUUGGUCAUCGUUUGGAAAAUUCAAGUAAGUAUGCGCUGGAAAUUUUGCGAUCGACGGAGUCAGUGUUGUUCUCGCCAUGGGGUUUUCCCGCAGUGCGAAAUGUCAACAUCCACUAAAGCUCACAGUAUGAAUUUUACAUGUAUUUUCGUUUUUAGUGUUCAAGAAAGACUGCAGUCCUGGACCUGGGUAUAAAGUUGAUCCACGUAUAACAAAGGAUGGAGUUGAUGGAACGCCAAGUUAUUCCAUUUUGGGGCGACAAAAAGAUACCAGUAAGUAGCUAGCGCUAAAAAAAUAUUACAAAUGGGGACUACACGUUGAAAUGAGCCUAUUGUUGUGUUUAGAAGUGAAGCACCAUAACAUGCUUAAAUUAAUCAGGCGGUAAGAAGCCGAAAGCGAUUUCAACAGAAGAAUUAAUAUUUAAGUCCUGGUAGCAUUUUGAAGGAAUACAUGCAAACACCUGUUCCAAAAAGUACCUGCAGGUCUUUAUAGACAUUAUAUUUAACGUAUAUGGGCUGAAUGUCGCCUUUCGUAGCUGAGCCAAUAGUCUAUUCGACACGGUUAUGUUAUUUUUGCCUCUUUUCGUUCGUAAUAUGGAUUUACUUUAAAAGAAUGAGACUCAAAGCCUUCAAGUCAUCUCAUGACAAAAGAGAGAGUUUCUCCGAAAUGAAGAGAAAAUACUCGAUAUUUGACUUUCAAAAACUUUUAACUGUUAAUUUUGAAUAUAUAAUAAGCGAUUUUAACAUCUUAUCUUUGAAAUUCGUUAUCACCCUUGAGCAUAUCCGAUAGAUUUCGUUUCUGUUUCAUCACGAUUUUCUAUCUAUGUGAAUAUGCAUAAUGCAAUUUUAACCAGGUGUUUGAAUCCUAACAGCACUUCCAUGGUAAAUGUAUAUUUUGCUAGUUAAGCAUUGGAAAUGUUCACCUGUCCGAAAAUAUUCAUUAAUAUGAGGAUUUGAGUCAUUUUGUUUCCUUUUAGUAAUGAACCUUUUUGCAUGUAACACCCAAAAUUUCUCUAUUGUGUGAAGUUAUCAGCCACAAUUAGUCACUAACUAAAGAUAACUCAUGGAAUAAAUUAUAAACUUCAGGUUCUUGCUGUUUACAGAACCUUAAAGGCUCAAUGUUAUUGAAUAAUUAAUAUUCUGUGGGUGUAACUAUCACUUUUAACAUCCAGCAAGGCCUGGUACUCCAAGUAUUAUGAAACAAAUUGUUUCAUCCCAAUAGGAAAAGUUUGGUAACAAAAAAACUAUAUUUUUGAAGAGACAGAACUAGUUAUUAGGUGGAAUACCUGUAAACUAGCCCUCAAGCUAAGAGUAUAUCCAUGUUGAAAUAAAAGUAUGUAAGACAGUACAAAUUAAAUAGCUCUUCUAAGUAGUUUGGUCAAAACAUCAUACAUAUUUUAAAAAAAAACUGAACUGACUAUAUGCAUGUAGCACUACAUAAAAACACCCAAUAGGUUUACAAUGUAUUUCUAUGAUUAAAAAUUGAAUAAUUUCUCUGUUCACUUUUAAGUGUCAUUCAAGACACCAGCACCAGGUUCCUACUCCCCAGAGAAGGUCCAUCCUCAAGGAGAAAGAUAUGCCCCAGCAUGGUCAUGUGGUGCACGAACAAGAUACAGAAAACGUAAGUGGGCACUGAGAUAUACAGUAACACCCUGCAUGGCUUCCAAAUGACAAACCUUGUCAUCUUGUUGCCCCAAAACAAAAUCACCAUCUGUAAGACAAAAUUCCCACAAUGUCAUACUAUUUUUUUUUCAUCCUUUUAGGUGACUCCACUCCAUCACCCAACUCUUACUCACUUCCAGCGCUACUUGGAUCCAAGAUCCCAAACAGAUACUCAUCGGCAUCCUUCUCUAUGACUGGAAGAGCCAAGACAGGUGGAUUUGCUGAAGAUCUUGCUAAGACCCCUGGGCCAGGAAAUUAUAGAACUGUUGAUCCAGUAGUCUACAAAAAGAGGGACCCAGCUUAUUCCAUGAAUCAGAGAAGUUACAUGCCUGGAGGUAAGUAUUUUAAGUGUAAUCAAUAUCAUCUUUUGCAGCUUUUUUAAAUUACAUCAUUACAAUUGAUUUCAAAUGUGAAUUUCAAUUUUACAAUUAAGUCUUUUUUUUGAAGAGAUUGAAGCACAGUUAGUCAACAUGCAAUCUGUGCCAUGAGCAGCUAGUUUUACAUUGCUGCAGUUGCUUACAGCAUCUUACUGAUCAUUUAUCAACAAAAAAAACAAUAAAAACAGUUAUAGACAACAAUACUCACUUACUCACUUCUUCUACAGAUUCCACUCAAAAGCCUGGACCUGGAGCCCACAGCCCUGAGAAGGUGUACAUAAACAAACCAUCAGCCCCAAAUUUUUCACUUGGAAUCCGUCACAGUGAAUUCAUCACACCUCUUAUCAUUGAUGUGACAGACUAA